CAAUUCUUCCCAUCUUCAAAUCCAAGGCCGGUUUUGGGUACAUUGAUCCCUUCGUCUCGUCACGACGGUUGCUAGCGAGCGAGUCUGUCCGGCUUAAAAGACUCUUGAAUUUUCUUCUAUUAUCAGUUCUCUUCCGUCUAUAGAUUUUUCAUCAGCUUCUUCACUCUAAUCUGCCCUCUUCACCAACACAUCACGUCGACAUUAAUAGCCUUUCCUUUCAUUAGUUUCUCAACCUAAUUCGGGCCGGCUGGAGGCUACCUAGAAGAGCUACAUAUAUACGCGCGCGAGCGCAUAUGGAGUUCUUUAAGCGAAGGGCGAGCAUAAAAGGAAAAAGAAAAUGGCGGAAGAGGGAGAGCACACGACCGAGCACCAGCGAUAUCUGGACGAAACCGCUACUUGGGCAGUGGCGACUGUGUGUUUUGUGUUGCUCGCCAUCUCCCUCCUUGUCGAACACAUCAUCCACCUCGUAGGCAAGUGGCUAGAAAGGAAAAGGAAGCCAGCUCUUGUUGAGGCCCUUGAGAAAGUUAAAGCAGAGCUUAUGCUGCUGGGGUUCAUAUCUUUGCUGCUGACCAUACUGCAAGAACCGAUAUCAGGCAUGUGCAUUUCAAGGAAAGUAGCAUUUACCUGGCGCCCAUGUAGUGGGCCGCCCAAGGUUUAUCCAUUCGGGGGAGGUUCGGCCUCAUCGGGGAAGGAUAGUUGCACAACGCAGGGCAAAGUAGCAUUUAUGACAGCAUAUGCGAUUCACCAGCUUCACAUAUUCAUCUUUGUGCUGGCAAUAUUUCAUGUUCUCUACUGCAUCACAACCUUGGCCUUGGGCACUUUCAAGAUGAGGAGGUGGAAGUUGUGGGAAAACGAGACAAAGACACCUGAACAUCAAUAUUACAAUGAUCCUGAGAGGUUUAGAUUUGCAAGGGAGACAACAUUUGGGAGAAGGCAUUUGCAUUUUUUGAGCAAGUCACCUGUUACUCUUUGGAUUGUUUGUUUCUUCAGACAAUUCUUUGGGUCUGUGACCAAAGUUGACUACUUGACAUUAAGACAUGGAUUCAUCAUAGCUCAUCUGACCCCUGAAAACGAGACAAGGUUCGACUUCCAGAAAUACAUCCACAGGUCACUGGAGGAGGAUUUCAAAGACGUAGUCGGCAUAAAUCCAGUUAUUUGGUUCUCCGCGGUGCUCUUCCUGCUCUCGAACGCCCACGGAUGGUACUCUUACCUAUGGCUGCCCUUCAUCCCCUUGAUUAUAAUCUUAGUGGUUGGGACAAAGCUUCAAAUGAUCAUCACAAAGAUGGGACUAAAAAUUCAAGAGCGAGGAGACGUCGUAAAGGGCAGCCCGGUGGUUCAGACCGGGGACGACCUUUUCUGGUUCGGUCGGCCCCAGCUCAUCCUCUUCCUCAUCCAGCUCACCCUCUUUCAGAACUCUUUCCAACUAGCCUUCUUCGCUUGGAGUACGUAUGCAUUCAAAAACGUAAGAAACUGCUUCCACAGCAAGCUCGAAGACAUCAUCAUCAGAUUAUCAAUGGGGGUCUUAAUACAAGUGCUUUGCAGUUAUGUGACUCUGCCACUCUAUGCUCUAGUCAUACAGAUGGGCUCGACAAUGAAACCGACCAUCUUCAACAACGGGGUGGCUACGGCAUUGAAGAAAUGGCACCACACGGCAAAGAAGCAUGCCAAGGACAACAAGCACUCCAACUCGGUGACACCAUUCUCAAGCCGCCCUGCCACCCCAGAGCACGGCUCCUCUCCCAUCCACCUCCUCCACAACUACCAGAACCGGAGCCAGGAUGGUCCCCCGGCUGGGACCCCUAGGGAGGAAUCACAGGUCGACACUGAGCACUGGGCGGUGACGGUUGGGUCGCAUUCCCCUUCGCCGCCGCAGAGUCAGAUGACUCGCACUAGAACAGGAGCUGGACAAAGAGGGCUGACACCCUACUCAGGGGGCAGUAGAGCUCCAGAGGACUAGAACUCAGCACGCGAGCUCAUCAGAUCGACCGAGAAAAGGCGCAGCAGCUGCCAGUGAAGUACAUAUAUAUACACGCAUUAGGCCAAUGUUAGGGCCAUUUGGGAUUUUCACGACUUCAUGUAAUUUGACGCGUUUUCUCCUCUGUUUAUGUACUCUCAUUUUUAUCCAAUAGAAGUAGAGAUUACAAAUUAAUGAGUAGCAUCAAUCGAACCUGAAGAAGAAGCCAAUCUGACUUGGCUGGAAGCUUGAAAUGGUCACGCAUAACAUUGCAACGGUCAAGACGAGGCAAUUACCCAUGGGCAUGUAUCUCUUUCUCUCUUCUUAUUAAUACUUAAAAAAAGGGAAAAA